AUGGGCGGUUUGAAGCCAUCGGUCACAUCGCAGCGCCCUCGACCCUCUGGCUGGCUGGCGGUGCUAGCUAUAGAGGCUGAUCAUUUGGCUGUCAAAUCAGUCAAGCAGUCCUGCCUCUCUAGCUCGGCCGAAGCUUUGGUACGUUGGGGCCCCCGUCAAGACAAAAAAAAACGUUAUCAGCGAUGCGGCCAUGAUGAUGACAGGCGCACCCACUCGCACACACACACAGACGGACACAUCAUAGGCAAGCAGCAUCAAGUCUUGAUCAUGACCUCGCCCAUGUGUCACACAAUCCCUGGCCAGCAUCGCCAGUUUGCGGGGAGGGGGGUGCCACAGGCGGCUCUUGUCCGUCUGAUUUUGGUCGUGGAAGUCGUGUUGCCGGCACCCGAGCGCUGCGAUCUCGAGAGCAGGUCGAGUUUGGUUAAGCCCGCGUAUUCGCCGAGUAAAACGUCACCUGUUCUCCCUGGCGGACGAGCAACGACGCGGGCGGGCUGUCUCGUUCCCAUUGCAGUCGUCGUAGGCUACUCCCAGUCCUCGCCAGCUUGGUGCCCUGCACCCAGCCAUGCACCCUGGCUCCUCGACCGACUAAUGUGCCUCAACGUGCGUGCGCCCAUUGAUGAUGUGUAA